AUGGAUAAAAAUAAUGCAAUCAAAGCUUUUAAAUAUUUUAAUUUACCAUUAAAUUGUUCUGAAAAGGAAUUAAAAAAAAACUAUUUUAACAAAAUAAAAAGCUUGCAUCCUGAUGUGCAUUUAUGUAAAAAUAUUUCACUACAAAACAAAUAUAAAAAUGAUUUCUUAGAAGCACAUAGACAAUACCAAAUAGCUAAAUCGUUUUUAAGAGAAAAUAUAAUUGAGGAAAAUAAGUUGAAAUAUUCUCAAGAAGAUAAACUAUUCAAUAAUUUAAAUAAAAAUAAUAAGCAGUCAUUUUCUUCUAUGUUUUCAUCUUUAAAUUUUUUUUUUAAAAACAUAAAAUUAAAAAAAAUAUUUUAUUAUUUAAAAAAGAGUUAUUUUUUGUUUUUAGUUCCAUUUAUUGUAUAUUUUAUAGAAUACACUGUUAAUACUAAAAAUGAUAAACAAUCUAAUAAUUUAACAGUUAAAAGUAAAAAAGAAAAAAAGAAAAGACAAGAUUCUUAUAUCUUAAGAAAAGAGUUAUAUAAAUUAAAUAAAGGAGGUAUUUAUAAUGAAAAAAAAGAGGCAAUAUCUUUGUUUAAAUUAAGAUAUAUAUUUAACGUUGUAAAAACAAGGCAAGCUGAGAAGAAACUGAAAAUAAACUAUAAAAAUAGAAAUAUUUUUGAAAAAAAAAAAAAUGACUUAAAUUAUUUAAAAAAACACAUAUCAUCUCACAAUAAAAAGGAUGAUAUUAAUAUUUCUAAUUCUAUUAAAAUCUUAAAAAACAAUCAAAUGUUUCUUGAUCAUUUACUGAAAAAUAAAAAAAUAUCAAUUAAUCUACUAUCUAAGUCAAAAAACAUUCUUCAAAAUUUUGCUACAUUUUUAAAAGAAACUAGUAAUAAAAAUUUUGUUACAUACAAUAUAAUAAAUUCUUCUAAUUUAAGAAAAAAUAGUGUGAAAGAAGAAGAUGGCGUUAAAAAAGUAAAAAAUCAAAAUAUUUUUUUAAAAAAAAAUAGAGACAGUAAUCCAUUAUAUAAAAGUUUUUUAUUAAGUGAAAAUAGAGGAAUACAUAAUGAAAGUAGAUAUAUAAAUGGUAUAGGUGGAUUAUGUGGUGGUUACGAUUUAAUAAAAAGGGAAGUUGAACAAAUAAAUAAAGAAGAAAUAAUAACAAAAGAAAAUUUAGUAUCAAAAGAUUUAAUUUAUAUGAAUACAAUAAGAAAUAAUGAAUUAAUUGAUGAUUUAAUAAAUUUACAAAAUUCCAUUAUUUAUGAAAAAUCAAAAUAUAUAGAUUUUUCAUAUCCUCUAAAAUAUAAAGAAUAUAGAAAAGAUAAUAAAAUUAAUUUAAAUAAUUUUUUUAAAUACAGGAAUUGUAAAAUAUAUUUGAAAGAGACUAUAUUUGAAAAUAAUAUAAAAAAACACAUUUUUAAUAAUACGAACGAUUUAACAGAAGAUAAAAAUUUAAAUAAGUCUCAUUCACUUAAUGAAGGAAGAAUCAAUAAAACUAGGAUAUCAUAA